UCGGAUAAAAUUUUUUGUUCCGUUCUGUCUAAACCAACUUAGAUUUUUUAUUGUUAAUUCAUAAAAACUACAAAUCAUUAUGGCCAAUUUUGAUCAACAUAUCGAAGAAAUGGAAGCAUUGAGCGCCAUUUAUGGCGAGGAAUUUGAAGUAGAAGAUAGAGCUUGCUUUAGAAUUAAAAUCUUCUGCCAAAACAGCAAACAGAUUUAUGUCGAAUUGGUUGGCAAAAUGGUGGAGUCAUAUCCAUCAGAUUCUGCACCAAGAAUCGAAAUUUCAGCUCCUUACUUCCGUCAAAAUGGAGUGAAAGAAAAAUUAUUAAAGAUAAUUCAAGACAUUUAUGAAAAAAACAAAGGAGAAUGCAUAAUAUACCAAUGCAUUGAAGAAAUUCGAGAAGAGUUGUAUUCCCUCACGAUCGAUAAUACAGAGAAAGUGGCAGAAGACGAUGGAAAUUCGUCACCUGUCCAAAAUACACAAAGUAGCGACUCUUCAUCGGAUGAAAGUGUUGAAGAUCAAAUUAGCCAUGGCCCAAUUAUAACGGAUAGAAAAAGUUCGUUUCAAGGUCAUGCAGCUGUGGUGUCUUCUGUCGACGAAGUCAAGCAUUUGAUAGAUUCACUAAAAACAAAACGAAAAAUCGGGCAAGCCAAGCACAACAUCACCGCUUAUAGAAUUUUCAAUUCCAGUACCAAUAGGUAUAUUCAUGACUGUGAUGAUGACGGAGAAAAUGGAGCUGGAAGUAGAUUACUUCAUUUACUAGAGAUAAUGGAUGUCAAAAAUGGCUUCGUAAUGGUAUCUCGAUGGUACGGAGGAAUACAUUUAGGACCAGAUCGUUUCAAGCACAUUAAUAAUGCAGCUAGACAAGCUUUAGAUUUAGCUGGAGUGCUUCCUGCCAAAAAAUAAUACAAUAGUAUUAAACUACUGUAGACAAUAAAAGGAGUUACAAAACGAUUUUUCAGAUUCGUU